AUGGGCUAUACGACAAAUCCACUCUGCCAGGUUGCUGGUACCACAUUCAUCACAAGGCGGUUCGGGCAUCGGCCAAAGUCUCGCUUCCGUCUAAGCUCAGAACGAGAUCCAAUGGCUCUCUCUCUGGCCGAUGUCAACCUCGCCAACCUUGACAAAGUCCAAGCGGAGCUCAACAACCAAUAUCAGGAGGUUCACACUGAGAUUUUUGCCGUGGACGUCACGAAGAUGGCAGACAUUUAUGCAUCUCUGCAGUCCGCCGCUUCGAAGUUCGGACGAAUUGACAUCUCGAUUCAAGGGGCUCGCAUUACGGGCUUUCCCGCGGCAAUGCACGGAUUUUCGCUCGAGGAUUGGCAACCUGUGAUUGACAUCAACUUAGCUGGUCUCGCCCUGCAUACUCACGAAGUCAACUACAUGGCUGUGGUCGGACUCACAAACCUAGAUACGUCGACACGCCGAUGA